AUGAGCGUGCACGAGUUCCUGGACUGGUCGUCGUCCACGUCCUUCAGAGUCACAAAGAACUGUGGAUUGUACCAGUAUUCCUCUCGAACCAAAACCAUCAUGUACGCACAGACAGUCGUGUAUGGAGGAAGAAACCCGCGGGCCAGGAUAGGGAAUGUGUUUCUCAUCAUAGGGAAGCUACUGCACGUGAUCGGCAUGUUCACUCCGUACUGGCUUACCACUACUCUCAGCCACGAGGGCUUGUGGCAGCUAUGUUUUGACACGCCUUUCGGUUCACAGUGUAUUUCCAUUUUGAAAGCUGAUGUUGAAGUCUGUGUCUUUGAUGUAGAAAUCCACCUCAUUGCCAGACCCGAUUACUUCACACGCUGGUUCAGGGUGGUGCAAGCAAUGUCGUGUCUGGGACUUAUCAUGGCCAUCGCCGCGGUCACUUUUAAUGUAGUCUACAUUCGACGACAGGGGAGACAAAUGCUCAUGGUGGCUGGAAUUUGCAGUAUUUGCGCAGGUGUUCUUGUUUUGAUGGGAGUCGCCAUCUUUGGAGGAAAAUCCGGGUCUUACUUGGGCUGGUCCUUCUAUCUCGAGGCAGUCGGUGGGUGUCUGCUGUGCAUAGCUGGCGGCCUCCAUCUUGCCGGUCUAAAGACGGAUAGCGGUUUUCUGCCCAAUUAA